GCUCUUCAUCGAGAAGCUGCCGCAGCACCGCGAUUACAAAAGCGCCGUCAUCCCUGAGAAGAGGGAGACGGUCAAACAACUGAAGGAAGUGGCCUUUCCCAAGGCCGAGGAGCUGAAGGAGGAGCUGCUAAAGAGGUACGCCCAGGACUAUGCUAAGUACAAGGAGCAGGAGCAGCAGCUGGAGGAGGAGAAGACCCGCGUGGCCCUGAUGAAGCAGCAGCAGGCAGAGCAGGAGCAGUUCCACGCCUUCGAGGAGAUGAUCCGGCAGCAGGAGCUGGAGAAGGAGCGCCUGAGGAUCGUGCAGGAGUUUGGGAAGCCAGAGCCACAGGCUGAGGAUGGACCCCUCAUCCCUGGCGUGGAGAAGCCCCCGACAGAUGUGACCCCAAAGGUUCCGGCCUCUCCAGUUCACCCAGCAGGCCCGGCAGCGGGGACUGUGCCCUCCAAACCUCCCGUGGUGGACAGAUCUCUGAAGCCCAGUGCUUUGGGGAGCACAGAGAACAGUUAGUACCUCUUGGA